AUGAAGUCUUGUUUGCGACAUGGGCUGCUGCAGGCACUUGGCCUUGCAGUUCUGGUCUAUGCUGGGGCCCAACCAUCCACCGAAGCGAUCCUAUUCCGUGGCCCCGAGCAUGUAACCGCCAAUUCCCUGCACAACAUACACGUCGAAUUCUCGAGUCAGUUCGAAGGUCGUCUGCAACUAGUGUACGGGAAGUGUGAUAUCCAAGAUCCGCGGCAAAAGCAUCAUGAAAUCGGGAAUACGGUGGUGAAACGUGACGCAUACCCCGAACGGUUUGUUUGGUCCACGCCUCCGGACACCCCGGACUUGUAUUGUCUGCAUGCCUUCUCAGAGACAGGACCGGUAGGUCGAUCCAAUCCGCUAAGCGUCUCGCCAUCAAUCCAAAAGCGCCAGAAGAUCGCCGAUGUAGCCGAUGCCUUGGGGCCAUGGUUUGAUGGCGUGGCUUACAUGAAAUCCAAGCCCCUGGAGAAAUCCUUUGUGACACAGGCCAAGAACCAGUCUGUGGCCAUCGUUGGGGGCGGAAUAUCUGGACUCAUGACCAGUCUGUUGCUGCGGUCUUCUGGGGUUCACAAUUGGCACAUAUAUGAGUCUUCGGGGCGAGUCGGCGGUCGCAUUCGCACCAAGUACCUAAAUAACACAAAGCCAGAGGAUUAUCAAUACCAAGAGAUGGGAGCAAUGCGAUUUCCUGUCAGCAUCACCUAUGCGGACACGAACGAGACCCUAGAGAUCCAAGAUCAUCGCAUGGUUUUCCAGCUUGUGGACGUACUCAACCGGAUCAAUGCAAAAAGGCCAAAUCUUCAGAUCAAGUUCAUUCCGUGGACCGAGAAAGGCCCUAAUCUACCAAUUUACUCCGGUGGAAAUCGUCUUCCAGAUGGCCGAAUUCCAAGUGUCGCCAAUGUUGAGGCCGACAAGUCUCUAGUAUAUACGCCUCCAUCGAAUCAAGCUGCCGUCUCUACUGCAAAAGCUGCCUAUGAUAACUAUACCAGUGUCCACAGCAAAGAAUACCUCCAAAAGCUUGCCACCAAUUUGUACAAAGCCCACAAGGAAGCGAUAGAAGAGGGAAAGCUCGACUGGUCUGAGGCCGCGUACCUACGCUAUGCGAAAGGCUACAACACCAGCGUCAUCAAUCAACUGAGCAACUCCUUCAACUUUGACAUCUGGCAAUCUGUCUACUAUGGCUUGUACAGCGCAGCAACGGAAAUCCGAACCAUCGACAAAGGCCUAGAGUCGCUCCCAAAAGCAUUCAUGCCACUCCUCGAAGGGAAGCUCACGCUGAACCGUACAAUAGAUGGUCUCGUAUAUAAUAAGACCUCAGAUAAAGCAGCCAUUACCUGGCGCAAGGACCCUUUCCAAACGAGACCCGAAAGUAUGGAGUUCGACCAUGUAGUCGUCACUGCGCCCUUCACAAAAGUCCGGCUAUGGGAUUUACCACGUUUCUCUUCCACACUUGGCCGGGCCAUCUCAACCCUCAAUUAUGAACCAGCCUGCAAAAUAGCCCUACACUAUCGUUCUCGCUUUUGGGAACAUCUCAAAACCCCGAUCUGGGGCGGAUGUGGUUCUGUCGACAUGCCUGGGAUCGGUGAGAUUUGCUAUCCAUCGUACAACAUCAACGGCACAGGACCGGGUGUGGUCCUUGCAUCAUAUAUCUACUUUGCCCCCGCCCGCUCGGUAUCAGCUCUCCACGACGAGGAACAUGUUGCUCUUGCUCAACGUGCAAUGGUCGAAGUGCACGGCGAGAUUGCCUCUGAGCAGUUCACUGGCCACUACGAGAGACAGUGCUGGGAGACUGACCCACACCAUGCGGGAGGUUGGGCAGAUCCAGUCGUCGGCCAACAGGAGGAAUUCCUGCCUGCCUAUUACCAGACUGAGUUCAAGACUAUCUUUGUUGGAGAACAUACCAGUUAUACCCACGGUUGGGUGUUUUCGGCGUUGGACUCGGCUGUCAGGGGUGCUACGCAGCUUUUGCUUGACCUUGGCUUGGUCGAUGAGGCCAAGGAGAUCGUUGAGACCUGGAUGGGUAGGUGGAUUCGGCUGUGA